AUGGCUGGCAUCUUUGAGGGCUCGCGCAUCGGUGGGACUCUAUUUCUCGGGGGCACAAAGCUCAGCGGGCAGGACAUUCGAGAUCAAAAUGUCCUCGCGACGCAAGCAAUCGCCAAUGUGGUCAGGACUUCUUUUGGACCCUCAGGUCUGGACAAGAUGAUGGUCGACGACAUUGGCGAUGUCACAGUCACAAAUGACGGCGCUACGAUCCUGAGUCUCCUCGACGUCGAGCAUCCGGCCGGCAAGAUUUUGGUCGAUUUGGCGCACCAGCAGGACAGAGAGGUCGGUGACGGAACCACGUCCGUCGUGCUUGUCGCUGCCGAACUCCUCCGACGAGCGAACGAGCUCAUGAAGAACCGAAUACACCCCACUGUCAUUAUCACUGGGUAUCGUCUGGCGCUACGAGAAGCGGUCAGAUACAUGCAAGAGAAUAUCAGCACAAAAGUCGAGUCCUUAGGCAGGGAAAGCCUGAUUAACAUUGCAAAAACCUCAAUGUCGAGCAAGAUUAUUGGCGCGGAUGCAGACUUUUUUGCGAACAUGGUGGUCGACGCCAUGCAGGCGGUUAAAUCGGUCAACCAGCAGAAGAACGAGAUCAAAUAUCCUGUCAAGGCCGUCAACAUCCUAAAAGCGCAUGGCAAGAGCGCCACGGAAUCAAUCCUGGUCAAGGGCUAUGCACUAAACUGCACAGUUGCAUCGCAGGCUAUGAAGACGAGAAUCACCGAUGCAAGGAUUGCCUGCCUGGACGUGAACUUACAAAAGGAACGGAUGAAGCUUGGAGUCCAGAUCACCGUCGAAGAUCCCCAGCAGCUGGAAAAGAUUCGAGAGCGAGAAGCAGGCAUCGUCUUGGAAAGAGUAGACAUGAUCCUCAAGGCUGGUGCCAACGUAGUCUUGACCACGAAGGGCAUCGACGACUUGGUGCUCAAGCUCUUUGUGGAACGUGGCUGCAUGGGUGUCCGAAGAUGUAAGAAAGAAGAUUUGAGGCGAAUCGCAAAGGCCACCGGAGCUACCCUUGUCAGCACGCUAUCCGACCUGAACGGCGAUGAGAAGUUCGAGAAGGAAUUUCUCGGUCACGCCGACGAAGUUGUUCAGGAACGAAUAUCAGAUGACGAGUGCAUUCUGGUGAAGGGCACCAAGGCCUUCUCUUCGGCAUCGAUCAUCCUUCGAGGCUCCAACGAUUAUCAGCUCGACGAGAUGGAGCGUUCAGUGCAUGAUUCACUGUCUGCCGUCAAGCGGACUCUGGAGUCAGGCAGCAUAGUACCUGGUGGUGGCGCCGUUGAAUGCGCGCUGUCUAUCUACCUUGAAGAGUUUGCCAUGACCGUGUCCUCGCGCGAGCAGCUGGCUAUUGGAGAGUUCUCCCAAUCGCUUCUGAUUGUCCCGAAAACACUGGCGGUCAAUGCCGCGAAAGAUGCUUCCGACCUGGUGGCUCAGCUACGUGUGCGGCAUGCGCUGAGCCAGAGAGUCCAGGAAGGCGAAGCCAAUGAAAGAGAAAAGGAUAUUGCGAAGAAGCGACAGUACAAGAACUAUGGUCUGGAUCUGAUGCGAGGCAAAGUGACAGAUGUCGUGAAGAUGGGUGUCCUCGAGCCAAGCAUGAGCAAGGUCAAACAGCUCAAAAGUGCCGUCGAGGCCUGCAUUGCCAUCAUGAGGAUUGACACUCUGAUCAAACUCGAUCCUCCCGAGUCACGAGACGACGAUGGCCACGGGCACUGA